AUGCCCACCUCCGAACAUACAUUCCACCUUAGUGGGAGGGUGGUGGUCACGGGGGGAGUGGUUGAGAAGGAGGCGGAUGACGAGGAGGACGAGGAGGAGGGGUGGUCAGAGGAGGAGGAGGAGGAGGAUGAGGGGUCAGAGGAGGAGGAGGAGGAGGAGGAGGAGGAGGAGGAGGAGGAGGAGGAGGAGGAGGAGGAGGAGGAGGAAGAGGAGGAGGAGGAGGAGGAGGAGGAGGAGGAGGAGGAGGAGGAGGAGGAGGAGGAGGAGGAGGAGGAGGAGGCGGGGGAGGAGGUGGAGGCGGGAGAUGGUAUGCGCCACUACGUGGCGUGGCGCACAGCCCAUCACGAGAUCUUGAAGCACCGUUCUCACUACAACCCUCAUCUGGAAGCACCGUGCUCACUACGACCCUCAUCUGGAAGCACCGUUCUCACUACAACCCUCAUCUGGAAGCACCGUUCUCACUACAACCCUCAUCUCGAAGCACCGUUCUCACUACAACCCUCAUCUGGAAGCAUCGUUCUCACUACAACCCUCAUCUGGAAGCACCGUUCUCACUACAACCCUCAUCUGGAAGCACCGUUCUCACUACAACCCUCAUCUGGAAGCACCGUUCUCACUACAACCCUCAUCUGGAAGCACCGUUCUCACUACAACCCUCAUCUCGAAGCACCGUUCUCACUACAACCCUCAUCUCGAAGCACCGUUCUCACUACAACCCUCAUCUGGAAGCAUCGUUCUCACUACAACCCUCAUCUGGAAGCACCGUUCUCACUACAACCCUCAUCUGGAAGCACCGUUCUCACUACAACCCUCAUCUGGAAGCACCGUUCUCACUACAACCCUCAUCUGGAAGCACCGUUCUCACUACAACCCUCAUCUGGAAGCACCGUUCUCACUACAACCCUCAUCUGGAAGCACCGUUCUCACUACAACCCUCAUCUGGAAGCACCGUUCUCACUACAACCCUCAUCUCGAAGCACCGUUCUCACUACAACCCUCAUCUGGAAGCACCGUUCUCACUACAACCCUCAUCUGGAAGCACCGUUCUCACUACAACCCUCAUCUGGAAGCACCGUUCUCACUACAACCCUCAUCUGGAAGCACCGUUCUCACUACAACCCUCAUCUGGAAGCACCGUUCUCACUACAACCCUCAUGUGGAAGCACCGUUCUCACUACAACCCUCAUCUGGAAGCACCGUUCUCACUACAACCCUCAUCUGGAAGCACCGUGCUCACUACAACCCUCAUCUGGAAGCACCGUUCUCACUACAACCCUCAUCUGGAAGCACCGUUCUCACUACAACCCUCAUCUGGAAGCACCGUUCUCACUACAACCCUCAUCUGGAAGCACCGUUCUCACUACAACCCUCAUCUGGAAGCACCGUUCUCACUACAACCCUCACCUGGAAGCACCGUUCUCACUACAACCCUCAUCUGGAAGCACCGUUCUCACUACAACCCUCAUCUGGAAGCACCGUUCUCACUACAACCCUCAUCUGGAAGCACCGUUCUCACUACAACCCUCAUCUGGAAGCACCGUUCUCACUACAACCCUCAUCUGGAAGCACCGUUCUCACUACAACCCUCAUCUGGAAGCACCGUGCUCACUACAACCCUCAUCUGGAAGCACCGUGCUCACUACAACCCUCAUCUGGAAGCACCGUUCUCACUACAACCCUCAUCUGGAAGCACCGUUCUCACUACAACCCUCAUCUGGAAGCACCGUUCUCACUACAACUCUCAUCUGGAAGCACCGUUCUCACUACAACCCUCAUCUGGAAGCACCGUUCUCACUACAACCCUCAUCUGGAAGCACCGUUCUCACUACAACCCUCAUCUGGAAGCACCGUUCUCACUACAACCCUCAUCUGGAAGCACCGUUCUCACUACAACCCUCAUCUGGAAGCACCGUUCUCACUACAACCCUCAUCUGGAAGCACCGUGCUCACUACAACCCUCAUCUGGAAGCACCGUGCUCACUACAACCCUCAUCUGGAAGCACCGUUCUCACUACAACCCUCAUCUGGAAGCACCGUUCUCACUACAACCCUCAUCUGGAAGCACCGUUCUCACUACAACUCUCAUCUGGAAGCACCGUUCUCACUACAACCCUCAUCUGGAAGCACCGUUCUCACUACAACCCUCAUCGGGAAGCACCGUUCUCACUACAACCCUCAUCUGGAAGCACCGUUCUCACUACAACCCUCAUCUGGAAGCACCGUUCUCACUACAACCCUCAUCUGGAAGCACCGUUCUCACUACAACCCUCAUCUGGAAGCACCGUUCUCACUACAACCCUCAUCUGGAAGCACCGUUCUCACUACAACCCUCAUCUGGAAGCACCGUUCUCACUACAACCCUCAUCUGGAAGCACCGUUCUCACUACAACCCUCAUCUGGAAGCACCGUUCUCACUACAACCCUCAUCUGCUGAAGCCUGGAGAGACGUUCCCCGAGGGAGGCUACAAAGGGGUACUGAACGGGGAAAAAAGGAACUACCCAGGGGUGAGCACUUGGCCUCGCCUGCCUGCAUCCAGUCGUGCGCAUACCGGUGGCAAGGCGGGGGGCAUAGAGCGGUAUCUGGCGGAGAGGGUCAGCCGCUCCAAAUUGCGCCAGUUGAUCACCAAGCUGGUGGUCGCAUGCGAUUUGGCGUUCCGCGUGGUCGACUCGGACGCCAUGGUACUCGCAUUCCGGGAGAUGCCUAACGGGCAUAGUGCUGUGCGGAUUGCGGAGGUGGUGGAGGAGGUGAUGGAGGAGGUGGUGGAGGAGGUGGUGGAGGAGGUGGUGGAGGAGGUGGUGGAGGAAUGGAAGUUGGAGACGCGUUGUCUCGGUCUCAUGACCGACAACGCGUCUUCCAACGUUGCGGCCCUCCGUUUGCUCUCUGAGGAGGGCGUGCGCAAGCUGUACUUCCACGAGUGCGCGCACUUUAGCACGGGUCCCGUUCUUCCCACACCCGCCCUCUCCCCACUACAGGGAACCACCAAGGAAGAGCGCGAGAAGUGGCGGUCACUGCGCGUGGCCGAUGAGGAGUGGGAGGCCUUGCAGGCUCUGGAGCGGUUUCUGAAACCUUUCGCCAAAGUCUCCAAGGCUGCAAAAGGGUCGGCUUAUCCCACCCUGUCGAUGGUGCUGCCGUAUUACAACGGACUCAUCGACAGCUUGGAGAAGCAGCUCUUUGAGGCUGCGCUGGAGCAUUUGAAGAAGUAUGACUUCGCGAUUGGGGACGAGCACGCGAUUGCCACCUUCUUUGACCCGUCAAUGAAGGCGGAGUACUUCUCCAUGCCACACUGGGAGCAGCAGCACCCAGAGUUGAUGGCGCAGGGGAGUGGGAGGGUGCGGCUGCGUGUGGGCGCUGAGAGGGUCGUUAGCCUGGUGAGGAGGCACGUGGCUGAGUAUCGUGCUCGUGCAGCAGCCCAGGCUCCUGCACCACAGCCACCCCCCGCAGCAGCAGUUGCAGUCGCAGCAGAGGACGACGACGACGACGAGUUCCUCCCUAGCAAGCAGAGGCUUCAGGCACGGGUGGCUGCGAGGGCAGCAGCUGGGGGGGGGUGGGGAGGUGGGGUGGUAGCAGUGCAGGACAAGGUGGAGCGGUACUUGGCCGAGAUGCCGGUCUACAGCAUGACGGCACUGCAGUACUGGCAGCAGGCAGAGAACAUGGCCACACUGAAGCAGAUGGCGCGGGACUAUCUGGCGAUCCCAGCAACAUCUGCUGCCAGUGAGAGAGCGUUCUCCAUGGGGAGGGGAAACGAUGGGGGACAGCCAGGGCCGUCAGGGUUCGUCGCUGGUGGCAACUCCGGAACGCCGGGCAUUCUCCGAAAGGUUUCUCCUCCCAGGACGCUCCCCAGCGCACACACAUUCCGCCUUAGUGGGAGGGUGGUGGCCGGGGUGCGAGUGGUGGAGGUGGAGGAGGAGGAGGAGGAGGAGGAGGAGGAGGAGGAGGAGGAGGAGGAGGAGGAGGAGGAGGAGGAGGAGGAGGAGGAGGAGGAGGAGGAGGAGGAGGAGGAGGAGGGGGGGGGUGGAGGAAGAAGAGGACGGGGGAAGGGGUUGGCUGGAGAAUGGGUUGGCUGGAGAAUGGGUUGGCUGGAGAAUGGGUUGGCUGGAGAAUGGGUUGGCUGGAGAAUGGGUUGGCUGGAGAAUGGGUUGGCUGGAGAAUGGGUUGGCUGGAGAAUGGGUUGGCUGGAGAAUGGGUUGGCUGGAGAAUGGGUUGGCUGGAGAAUGGGUUGGCUGGAGAAUGGGUUGGCUGGAGAAUGGGUUGGCUGGAGAAUGGGUUGGCUGGAGAAUGGGUUGGCUGGAGAAUGGGUUGGCUGGAGAAUGGGUUGGCUGGAGAAUGGGUUGGCUGGAGAAUGGGUUGGCUGGAGAAUGGGUUGGGGUGGAGAGGCGCGCAGCUCUCUCUCCGGGUAG